UUAGUCCUUGGUCACCAGGAAAAUAGGCCUUAUCAUUGAGGAGGCAGCUACCAGAAGCUGGACUGGAGAGUAAGUUUCUCUUCCGCUACCCCUUUGCUCUAAAGAAAACGCUGGUAAGGGCCAUGCUCCUGCUUCCAUUGCUCCCCGUCCUUCUCCUGUGUGUGGUGGCCAUAUCCUCCUCAAAGUCACAAACCUGUGAGGAUGCCCUGAAGUCUUGCUCUGUAAUAGCCUGUGGCAGAGAUGGGAGAGAUGGACCCAAAGGGGAGAAGGGAGAACCAGGUCAAGGGCUCAGGGGCUUGCAGGGCCCUCCAGGGAAAGUGGGGCCUCCAGGAAAUGUAGGAGCUCCUGGAAUUUCAGGACCAAAAGGCCAAAAAGGGGAUCCGGGACACAGUGCAGCCAUUGAGGCGAAGGUGCUGAAUUUGGAGGCAGAGGUGAGGACCCUGAAAUCAGAACUGGAGCACACCAAGAAGUUGCACGCCUUCUCAAUGGGCAAAAAGUCUGGGAAGAAGUUCUUCAUGACCAACCGUGAAACUAUGCCCUUUUCCAAAGUGAAGGCGCUGUGUGCUGGGCUCCGAGGCACUGUGGCUAUUCCCAGGAAUGCUGAGGAGAACAAGGCCAUCCAAGAAGUGGCCAAAGGCAACGCUUUCAUAGGCAUCACAGACGAGGUGACUGAAGGCCAAUUCAUGUACGUGACAGGGGGGAGGCUCACCUACAGCAACUGGAAACAGAACGAGCCCAAUGACCAUGGCUCGGGGGAGGACUGUGUCAUUAUGUUAGAGAGUGGCAUCUGGAAUGACAUUGGUUGCCAGUCUUCCUUCAUCGCUGUCUGUGAGUUCCCGGCCUGAGGAAGCUAGUGCCUCCCGCUUCUCCGGCUCCUUUCUGAACCCUCAGUUGCUUCCAAAGAAAAUUCAGUACUGGUUUCUCAA